GUGACGUCACGAGCCAUAACAAACCCGCCUGCCUCAACUGUCAUCCCGUUGUCACCUCGGCCUGUGUCGGCGUUGUUCGGCCACGCAUUAUUCUCGAGGGGAAAAAAACCCACGCCGGGUUGUUUUGUUCAAUUUGUACCGGCGAUAACAAUCGUUCGAUCCCGACUGACCUCCCCGCGCUCCUCCGUUAGCUUGGCUUGCUAUAACAAUGAGCGCCGUCAUGAAACUGGCAGCAAAUUCUUCUGUUGCUUAAAAAAACAAAAAGGGACACUUCCGCUUUUCUUUUUUUUUUCUUUUUUUUGGUGGUAGCCGACUUGAAAAAAACAGAAGCGAAGAAGAAGAAGAAGAAGAAGAAGAGGCAGGCGGCAAUGGAGCCACACGCGGCGACGGGCUGCGUGAAUGUGGGCUGUCUGACCAGCGCCUUGCCCGUGAUUCCUUACCAGAAGUUGACUGACUUGUACUACCUGAGCAAAGGGGGCUUCGGCACCGUGUUCAAGGCUCAACACUCAGACUGGAGGACCACCGUGGCCAUCAAAUGUCUGAAGUUGGAUUCCCCUUUUGGUGAAAGAGAGAGAAAGUGUCUGCUGAAGGAGGCAGAGGUCCUCCACAAAGCCCGGUUCAACUACAUCAUCCAGAUCUUCGGCAUCUGCAACGAGCCAGAGUUCUUUUGUAUCGUGACAGAGUUUAUGAGCAAUGGCUCCCUGGAUCAACUGCUGCAUGAGAAGGACAUGUACCCCGUGCUCGCCUGGCCUUUAAGGCUGCGGAUCCUCUAUGAGAUCGCCCUAGGAGUCAACUUCCUUCACAACAUGAACCCGCCCCUUUUACACCAUGACCUGAAGACGCAAAAUAUUCUAUUGGACAGUGAAUUUCAUGUCAAGAUUGCCGAUUUUGGUCUUUCAAAGUGGCGCCAGCUGUCCGUCAGUAAAGGGUCUGGGUCUAAACCCUUGGAAAUUGGCGGCACUGUGAUCUACAUGCCUCCUGAAGAGUAUGAGCCCUCCAAAAUCCACCGGGCUGACGUGAAACAUGAUAUGUACAGUUAUGCCAUCAUUAUGUGGGAGGUACUUUCCAGACAAAUUCCAUACAAAGUGACCAACCCGAUUAAGAUCAUGUUCAAUGUACUUCGUGGGAUGCGUCCUGACACAAGCCCGGCUAGUCUGCCUGAUCAAAUCCCUAGUAGGGACACCCUUGUUUGCUUAAUGAGCUGCGGUUGGACCACUAACCCUGAUGAACGACCUUCCUUCCUCAAGUGUCUGGUAGAGUUGGAGCCCAUGGUGAGGAAGUUCAAGGAAAUAGAAUUUUUGGAGGCAGUGCUAGAGAUCAAGAGGUCUAAGCUGGUCCGGAGAGCCAGCUGUUGCUCAGCACAGCCAGUGAGCAAAAAGACGUCUGAGAACGGAACUUUGACAAGGCUUAAAGACAUGGCUUGGCCUUGGCCGGACAGCGCCACCUCAGGAUCAGGCUCUAGUUCCUCCCAGGAAACGGACAUAUCACUGCCAGGCACCCUCACCAGCAGCAACAUGGAACUUUCCAAAGAAGGUGCCCCACUGUCAGUCGUCCAUACGCUGGAGCUCCCUGAGUCUUUGAAGGACCCCUGUGCUGUCAGCAAUCUAAAUGGCUUCCAGAGCACCAGGCUCAUAGACGAUUUGAACAAAUCCCUCACACCUGAGCUUCCUAUACUGGAUGUCCAGACCCAGCUGCAUGGCCUCACCCUCACUGCAGACUGUGCAAAGAGUCAUCAACAAGAGAAUUCUCCUCCAUUGUGCUGCUCGCCGCCGACGCAGGGUCCUAUCGGUCAGUGGGUCUCAACACGGCGCGAAGAGAUCGUCGCACAGAUGACGGAAGCCUGCCUCAACCAAAGCUUGGACGCCCUCCUGGCACGCUCCUUGCUGAUGAGCGAGGAUUACGAACUGGUGGUCAACCAGCCCACCCGUGCCGCUAAGGUGCGCCAGCUGCUGGACAACUGCCACAGGCACAGUGAGGACUUCUGCCGCAUCGUCGUCCUGAAGCUGCACCGCAACAAGCAGACGGGCCUGCAACCGUACCCUAACGAGAUCACCUCUGCCACCACAGUAACGACACCCAGCGCGCCGCCACUCUCCGUGUCCUACAACAUCCAGAGGAACAUGUCAGGGGUGUCCAAAUUUCGGCAUUUGGAAGCUUCUUCUGUGUGGCCCAAGAGACUGCAUGAGUUUGAUGAGGAAUUUGUUGCACGGAGUGCCAACAACUUUACCCUAAUCAGCUGACAAUGUGAGUAAAUCAGGUCAAUGACCAUGAAUUGUACGCUGAAGUGUAGCCAGCACAGCAAUCACUUAUAUGACCCAAUCCCAACAACUUUUCCCACUCAUGGUGAAACUGCAAAUCAACACAAAAACUGAAUACCGUAUUUUCCGGAGUAUAAGUCGCUCCAGAAUAUAAGUCGCACCUGCCGAAAAUGCAUAAUAAAGAAGGAAAAAAACAUAUAAGUCGCACUGGAGUAUAAGUCACAUUUUUUGGGGGAAAUUUAUUUGAUAAAACCCAACACCAAGAAUGGACAUUUGAAAGGCAAUUUAAAAUAAAUAAAGAAUAGUGAACAGCAGGCUGAAUAAUUGUACGUUAUAUAACGCAUAAAUAACCAACUGAGAAGGUGCCUGGUAUGUCAACGUAACAUAUUAUGGUAAGAGUCUUCCAAAUAACUAUAACAUAGAGAACAUGCUACACGUUUACCAGACAAUCUGUCACUCCUAAUCGCUAAAUCAAAUAAAAUGUUAUACGUCUAGUCUCUUGCGUGAAUGAGCUAAAUACAAUUAUUUGAUAUUUUACGGUAAUGUGUUAAAAGGGAACAUUAUCACAAUUUCAAAAGGGUUAAAAACAAUGAAAAUCAGUUCCCAGUGGCUUGUUGUAUUUUUUGAAUUUUCUUUCAAAAUUUUACCGGUCCCCGAAUAUCCCUAAAAAAAGCUAUAACGUGCUUGAUUUUCGCUAUUUGCGAUGCGACUAUCCAUUUCCCUGUGACGUCACACAGUGCUGCCAAUGUAAACAAACAAUGGGAAUACCACAGUAAGAUGUAGCGACAUUAGCUCGGAUUCAAACUCUGAUUUCAGCGACUUAAACGAUUCAACAGAUUACGCAUGUAUUGAAACAGAUGGUUGGAGUAUGAAAGUAUUGAAGAAGAAACUGAAGCUAUUGAGCGAAUAGCUAUUGACGCUAUUCAUAGCCAUAGCAUGGCCGAAUAGCUGCGUUAGCAUCGCCGGUAAAAUGUGCGGACCAAACGAUCAGGACUUUCGCAUCUUGUGACACUGGAGCAACUUAAAUCCGUCGAUUGGUAAGUGUUUUUUUCGCAUUAAAUGUGGGUGGAAGGAAACGUAAUAUAGUUGCAAAUGCAUCUGCAGGUUAUCCAUACAUCUCUGUGCCAUGUCUGCUUUAGCACCGCCGGUAAAUAGCAUGUUAGCAUCGAUUAGCGUAGCAUGUUAGCAUCGAUUAGCUGGCAGUCAACAUCAACAAAACUCACCUUUGUGAUUUUGUUGACUAUCGUUGCAAAUGCAUCUGCAGGUUAUCCAUACAUCUCCGUACCAUGUCUGCUUUAGCACCGCCGGUAAAUAGCAUGUUAGCAUCGAUUAGCGUAGCAUGUUAGCAUCGAUUAGCUGGCAGUCACGCCGCGACCAAAUAUGUCUGAUUAGCACAUAAGUCAACAACAUCAACAAAACUCACCUUUGUGAUUUCGUUGACUAUCGUUGCAAAUGCAUCUGCAGGUUAUCCAUACAUCUCUGUGCCAUGUCUGCCUUAGCAUCACCGGUAAAAUGUGGAGACACUCCAGCACAUACAAGGGGGGUCUGGCGGCAGACACUUUGGCAUCUUCGGGCCAGUGGUGCAACUUGAAUCCCUCCCUGUUAGUGUUGUUACACCCUCCGACAACACACCGUCGAAGCAUGAUGUUUCCAAGGUUCCAAAAAAUAGUCAAAAAAAAUGAAAAUAACAGAGCUGAGACCCGGUGUUUGUAAUGUGUUGAAAAUGAAAAUGGUGGGUGUGUUACCUCGGCGACGUCACAUUCUGACGUCAUCGCCUCCAGCGCGAUAAACAGAAAGGCGUUUAAUUCGCCAAAAUUCACCCAUUUAGAAUUCGGAAAUCGGUUAAAAAAAUAUAUGGUCUUUUUUCUGCACCAUCAAGGUAUAUAUUGAAGCUUACAUAGUUCUGGUGAUAAUGUUCCCCUUUAAUAAUUUCACACACAAGUCGCUCCUGAGUAUAAGUCGCACCCCUGGCCAAACUAUGAAAAAAACUGCAACUUAUAGUCCGAAAAAUAUGGUACACACACACACACACACACGGUCACACGUGUGUUGACCAUGUAACAUAACACAACCUGCUCACUGAACUUUGUGGACAUUAAAAGAAAAGUUAAAACACCGUGCAAUGUUCAAAAUUACACUCAUUUAAAUCCAUUACAAAACAGGAUGGGAAAAAUGCGAAACCAUCUAUGCAGGGAGCAUUUUUAGCUGCUUGAUAUUUCUGAAUGAUUACAAAACCUUAAAGUUGUCACAGAAGUAAACAAGGUAUAAGUCGAACUUUUACAUACUCUUAAUAUCCAAUGAUGUUAAUCAUUAAUUAUAUAUCCAUUAUAUUAAUAUACAGUACAGGCCAAAAGUUUGGAAACACCUUCUCCUCAUUCAAUGGAUUUUCUUUAUUUUCAUGAUUAUUUACAUUGUAGAUUGUCACUGAAGGCAUCACAACUAUGAAUGAACACACGUGGAGUUAGGUACCUAACAAAAAAAGGGCAAUAACUGAAAACAUGUUUUAUAUUCUAGAUUCUUCAAAAUAGCCACCCUUUGCUCUGAUUGCUGCUUUGCACACUCUUGGCUUACUCUUGAUGUGCUUUAAGCACACCUGUGAAGUGAAAACCAUUUCAGUUAUUUCUUUCUUUUUUUCAUUUUAUUUUUAUUGACAUCCAGCAUCAGACAUUUCUAUCCAUUACGUCAUAUUCACAUACAUCAUAUAGCUAUUGUCUGCCCUAAAUGUCAAAAUAUUUUUUUUGUUUAUACCCCAUCAUACCACCCCCCCCCCAAAAAAAAACAGGAAAAAACCAAAACAAAAAAAUAUUUAAAAAAAAGUAUCUACAAAUACAUCAAAGCAAUAAACAAAAAUAAAUAAUAAUAGACAAAAAUAAAAU